UCCACCGCGCACUGCUUCCAUCUCUCUUUAUCUCCCACGCAUUCACAUGUCGGCGUAGUCGUUUCAGUUGUCACACCGCUGUCCGGGUGCUCCCGUGUGUUCCUGUUCCGUGGUCCUGGCUGUGAGUACCUAUGAUUGCUUAUCUUAAUCCCCUACGUCUUGAUCACGCCCAGACAUCCACUCUUUCACAUCUGAUUCGCAGCCUUCUCUCCUGGCCUUCCAUGCGCCUUUUGUUUCUCGACCAUUUGACAGUCUAUGACCAAACCGGGUCAACUCCCGAUGUUCCUCAGUAACACACAGCCACGCGCUCAUCUGGCUGCCACCCCGUUUUCUUCCGAGGAAACCCAACUGCCUCGCGGAGAAUGUGGAUUCAUCCAGCCCGAAUCCUCGUCGAGCAGUAAUUCACGCCAACGCUGCUCAUGUCGAAGUUUCUACCCUGACUCGAUCGUACGGUCUCGCUGCGGGUGCGGACAUCAAGCAUGGCACCACGAAACCCAGCCUCUCUCCGUGGUCUCGGUCGACCAGUUCCUACAGGUUGUGGAACAGAUGAAGUUGUUGAGGCAUGAGGUCCGUCGACACGAGAGCGUGGCGGAAGAACUGAGGCGAGAACUUCUCAGGGAGAGGGCAGCUAGAGAAGAGCAUUUUCGGACAUACAAGGCACUGGAAGCACGACUGUACGAAAACAUGAGGCUGUUGAAGAUCACCAUGGACGACAGAGUGGAGGCGGUGGUGGACAGAACCUCGUCGUUCAGCGACCAGAUCAAGGCUGUCCAAGAGCGCCUGACGAUGGUGGACGAAGUCACUAUGGAGCUGGAGAACCGAGUCGACAAAGUUCAACACCCCAACGGCUUUACUAAGGAUGACACCCCAGUCGAGCCAACGCCCAAGCCUCGCCUGUCAACGCCAAAAGUCUCACCGGUCCCUCAGGUCCCUCUGCUCAUGCAGCCGCAGCACAUGCUUGGUCAACUGCCAAUACGAACUGACAAGAAGUAUCCGUUGACCUGGAACGUCCGUGUCAUUUUCGUUCCUCGAAAGUCCCAAAGAUUCGCAUUUGACCCAGACAGCAAUGGCUACAGAAGGUGUGCGUCUCGCAAACUCCAGCAGAAUAUUGAAUUUGCCGGUCAGGACAGCGCCUUUUUCGCUUCCAGAAUCGAAAAUGCGUUCAGGAGUCUCUUGCGUGGUAGAGCAUGGAUGCCGCUAGUGGGUCACCGUCCUCCAGAUGAACUGUAUGGUCGCAUGGCACUUACGAUGCUUCCGCCUGAUCUCGUCCAUCGUGAUCUUUGGGACCAUCCUUUCGUUGAAGACCAUUGCAUCGCUCACGACAAGAUGCAAGGGGACGUUCUCUACAUUACCCUUCAGCAUGAAGACGUUACGUGGAACGAGAUUCGGUUCCUGGCUCCCGUCCUCGGAGCCGACGACACUUGUUGGGCUCACGACCCAGAGCUUGACGGCACGGUCAAAUACAAGAGUCUGGACACUGAGAUCAUGGCGCCUUCCAAACUCGACGUACUUGCCGACUCCGCUGCUAUGCUGAGUCCCAUUGAGCGUGCACGUACAUCGUCCAUCCACUCCAGUCUCAUGCGACCAUCGCUCGAACGAACCCAGACCGCUUCUUCUUCCCAAUCGAAUCAUCGUUUCUCGUCUGAGCGAAGCAGUCUUCGAAGCUUUGACACUGAGAUGGCUGAUGACGAGCAUCGUGACAAGAAACCAAAGCUCAGGUCAAAGGACAGCGCGGUGAACGUCAGUGGUAUGGGCCAUGCGCAGCAACCCAUCUACGUGUCGGGUCGUUCAAAGCGAAAGAUGCCCGUGAAGGAGAAGGGCCAAAAGGAACCUCUCCAUUUCAGCGUCACGAACGUUGCCAAAUGGAGGCCAAAUCUGCUGCAUCCUCAUUCAUCAAAAGGCAAAGAUGUUGCUCAUGGUCUGUAAUGUUUUCUAGAUUUCCAACGUUUUUGUUAUUUUCAAGGCGUUUAAGAGCAGAGCCUCGUUCAAGCGAAGGAUACCCAUCGGCGUUGUACUGUACAACUGCAUCCGCGGCACAAUCACCGCCACACAGCCUCAUUUUGUUUAUAGACUGGGUCUCUGACCUUGAGCGACGGCACGUUGUAUCAACAUGCAAUACAACAUACAUCAUCUCGGUAUUACACCGCUUCUCCAUAUGCCACAAAAUGCCGAACCGCUCUCAAGA